UCUUGGAACGGACAGAAGAUCAUGAGUGCCCUGUCAGCCGGUGCCUCAUCCGUGGGUAGUGCCGAUCAUUGCCAGAGUCUAAGUGGCAGUUCAUCGCCAGUGCAAACCUCUCCGACAGGAAACUAUAACCACAAGAUAUCGGGAAUACCAUGCGUUGCGGCCGCUUCCAGAUAUACAGCGCCCGUACAUAUAGACGUCGGCGGAUCUAUCUAUACGUCUUCACUGGAAACGCUCACAAAACAUCCUGAGAGUCGUUUGGCGCGAAUGUUCAACGGAUCCAUUCCUAUAGUAUUGGACAGUUUGAAACAGCAUUACUUCAUCGACAGAGACGGCAAAAUGUUUAGACAUAUAUUGAACUUUUUGCGAACAAAUUCAUUAGUGGUUUCCGAGAAUUUUAGUGAAUUUGAUUUGUUGUACGAAGAGGUCAAGUUCUAUGACAUACCGGCCCUAUUACGAUUAUUGGAACAAAUGAGAAAAGAGAGAAACAAUGGAUCCAAUAGUUGCAGUCGAAGCACAUCUCCUAAUAGUAGUGUAUUUCCUCAUAACUAUAGCACCAAAAAUAGAAUUACAAACAAAUAUCACUUCAAUAACGGACACAAUUGUCUUCACAACUGCUCUUCUGAUGGAAGAGUGGUUUCGCCCACAACUGGAAACCACGAAAAUGAGACCGGAUUUCAAUGCCUGGCACUCAAUAUAUCUCCUGAGUUGGGCGAAAGGGUUUGCAUAAGCGGUGAGAGAAAUCUGAUCGAAGAAGUAUUCCCGGAAAUCAGCCAAACAUUGAUGGACUCUCGCAGUGGUGUGGCCUGGAAUCAAGACGCCAAACAUGUGAUCCGUUUCCCAUUGAAUGGUUACUGUAAACUCAAUUCACUGCAAACAAUCACCAGAUUAUUGAACAACGGAUUCAGAAUUAUGGCAUCAAAUGGGGGCGGAGUUGAAGGACAACAGUUUUCCGAGUAUUUACUCGGAAGAAAAUACUUACCUCUUUGAGUAUUUUAUGAACAUUUUUAUAUCCAUUUAAAUGCC